CCCACAAUGGCGGCUGCUCGGGACAGCGAUAUUUCGCUGUGGCUUCACAAUAAACUGGGAACGUCCGCCGACACCUGGUCCGAGGGCUCUAUAUGUGCACAGCUGAACGUGGAAGUGCUCAGGAACAUCAAGGAAUGUUUUGUUGAGCUCCAGACUCAAGUUAAGCUUAAAUUACUCCUAUCAUUCUUCCACAUCCCUAAACGCAAUGUUGAGGAGUGGCGGUCAGAGCUGGAAGAGAUCCUGGAAGUGGCUGUGGUGGACAGUGAACCCUGGGUGGCCAUGUUGGCGGAGAUCAUGCGAACAUGUCCGUCCUCUGGCAACCUCAACCUGGACAUCCGGGAGCCACCAGAAAAUCAGAGAAUUACCCAUGACUUGAUCACUGAGCUGCGUAAAUUAGUCAAGAAGCACAGUGAGCUGGGAUUAUUGCCCAUGGAGUGCAACUACCUCAACAGAAAUGCAUUUAUGGCUGCUGCAGGUGGUCAGGCACCUCUCACCAAACACUUUGCUCUUAAGAGAAAACCAAAGGCUGCAGCUCUGCGGGCAGAGCUGCUUAACCGUUCAGCUGACGCCCAGGCAAAUGUGAAGAAGAGUCAGCUGCCUACGGUCCCGGUGCGCUCAAGAGGCAUGCCACGCAAGAUGAAUGAUACCACACCAUUGAAGGGUAUCCCAAGCCGAUUGCCAGGCUCUGGACUAAGAGGAUCUGGUUUAGGCUCUACCCCUGUCAGUCGGCCGCUGGUGCGUGCCACAGUCACUCGCAAAGAUGGUGGCAUCAAACUUUUAGACAUCACUGAAUCACCCAUUGCUGUUCAGCAAGCCAAGAAAAGAAGAAAAUUGCAAGACACAGCUGAUGCUAAAGCUGCAGAUGCUGAGGAGAAGCGAAAAGAACAGCAACAAACAGAUGGGAAGCAGACAACACAGACAACACAGGCGCAGCAGCAGGCAACCCCAGAUUACGCUGCUGGUCUCACUCCCUCUAACCCCCCUACACCUGGUCCUCCAACGCCUUCCACUCCUCUCAUUUCUGCUACUGCUGGAGGGGCAUCCACCCUACACACCAAUGCUGUUGCUGUUGGCACUAUAGCAGCGCGAUCUUCAAUACAGCAGAGUUCCAGUACAGGAGGGAGAUCUACUCCCUCUACUCCCACACCCCCUUCUGGUGCAACCACCCCUCAACGUAUCAUUGUCACGCCAAGUACGCAGGCUGCAGGAUCACCUACGGUUGUGUACCGCACAGUGACACACACUCCGGUGCUCACGACGGCAGAAGUUGUCCAGGCUGCCACAGCUGUUACUGUGACCCCGAGCACUGGAGAUGCUCCUGCUACUGUUGGACAACCACAAUAUGCCACACUUCAGCCUGUACAGCCCGAAAUGGUGUAUACUGCAACCCCUCUGACCACAGCAGCUCUUGCUGCAGCAGCAUCACCAGCACCUCAACAGCCAACACAGCAGCAGCAAGCUACCCAAGUUAUCACUGUGACACCACAACCCGAGGCACAGCAAACUCAGCAAGUUCCCAUCAACCAAACAGCUGUCACCACGCAACAGCAACAGUCUCAGCAAAAGCGAGGACUCUCACUCACGAGAGAACAAAUGUUGGAGGCACAGGAGAUGUUCCGCACCAGCAACAAAGUUACAAGACCAGAGAAGGCCCUUAUCCUUGGCUUCAUGGCUGGAUCCAGAGAAAAUCCCUGUCCACAUCUGGGUAACAUAGUGACCAUCAAGCUGAGUGAAGGAGAAGAGACUGUGUCACAACCAGAGGGAACGUUUAUCAGUAUGCUUGCCGAGACACACUUCCAGAUGAAUUACAACACUGGAGAGUGGAAACGCAUCAAAAAGUACAGACCACUUCCAGCGGAGUGAUGUCACGAGAAUUCUUCUUAGAUUAUAAUGCAAGAUGUGGCCAUCCCAUAGUUCUGCAAGUGAAUGUGAAGCACCGUGUCUAAGAUGUGCCUGUUGAGUUACUGUUCCAAGGAACCGGUGCAGUGAGCAGAUGGAUGGUAACCAAGUGCCCAUGGAGUGAAGUGGAUUAUCUAGUUGUAGAAAAGUUGUAGCACACUUGUACUGUUCUCUGGUGCUAUUGAAAGAAACAGUGAGACACUGGGGAGACCUCUUAAGUUUCAUCCCAUGUAUUGGACAGUGGGAGAUUUAAUGACCUCUCCAUGUUGCAAUAGAGAAAAAUGAGACCACACUUGAAUUUUGCUGAACAUUUACCAUGCUGAGCACUAUCCACAUUUGGAAUAUGGUGUAUAACAGAAAAAUGUAUAUUUAAAGAGCUUCUGAUUGGCAAAGAACAGUUUUGUUGUCAUUGCCUAAGAGCAACACAGAGCUGCUGUGAUAGUUUGUGCUGUCAUUGUUAAUACCAUAAACUUAUCUCUAUUAAGGGAGAUAAUUAUCACAUGUCACUUGGACCAUUAUUUCUGAAAUACUUAUAAGAGAAAAUGGAAUUAUUUCCUUCAUAUUGGAGAAUUACACUAUUUAGCACAUGCUAUAUGUAUUGUUUUUAUAUAUUAGAUAAACGAGUAACUUGAGUUUUUGGCAAAGAGGGCCAAAUUUGCCAGAAAUGGUGAAAUAGGUCCUGGGGCCAAGGCCACUUGAGGAGGACUUCCCUGGGAGGUCAACCUCAGAUGCUGUACCUGCAUAACUUAGUUUAGUGUAUAUUAAUCUGUCCUGUUCUGAUUCUCUCAGUUGUCUUUCUUGUACAUAAAAAAAUAUUCUUGCCAUGUUGGAUAAGGAAUACUGAAAAGCAACCUCUAGUCCGGUGACAUAAAGCAGGUGAGCAUUGGCCAUAGUUGCCACCUGCUGUAUGACUGCCUUUGAGAUCUCAUUGCCAGCCUCUGUCACCAUAUCCACUAAAUUUAUCAACAUGUAGAAUGAAUCAAGAUGUACUGGCUGAUUUGCACACUUUUUUUGUGCAAAUUUGAAUUGCAUAUGGAAAGUUACAGCCACUCUCCAUUCCAAAGUCAUUCUCUUUACACAGACUUUUCAUUUUGUCGUAUUUCCUUAUAAUUCAAUGGCAUUUUUACUGCUGGAACUUUAACAUAGUGAAACUCAUGUUCGAGUAACUUGUGUAAGUUCAAUGCUUCUUUGAAGCACAUGUGAUAGCAAAAUAUAUAUAUAUAUAUAAUAUAUAUAUUUUUCUUUUGUAUAUAAACUUUUCCUGGUGUAUGGCUCUAUUCAGUAAAAGCAUAUAUGAAACCUAUAAGUUGAUUGUUCAUUCAUACAAAAAAAAAUUGCCGUUAAUAUGUAACCUAUAAUGUUGUUAUAUUAGCAUAUUUUGCUAUGCUUUUAAGCUUCAUAAGUGUUGUUUUUAUUUCUUAUUAGCAUUUUGAUUUAAAUUGGAUGCAGAGGCACAUAAGCAACCUCCAAAUUUAUUUAUACUGUAAUGACUUGUAACAAAAAAAGUGAUUUGAUAAUAAAACAGGGGUGCACUUUCAGUAUCUAUCAAUACAAGUGCAUCAGAAAGUAAAUACA